UUAUGUCAUAAAAUAUUAAUAGAUUAGUUAUAUGUACAGUAUCUAUAAUAUCACUGGAUCAAAUCUCUGAUUGGUCAGUUGCUUGAAACUGUAACAUUGUUAUAUUAUUUACUGAGCUACUUGAUACAGAUGUCUAUCAUUGAUACCGAGAUGAAACCGAGCAGGAGGUCAUUGUCUCCAAUCGUUGAGCGUCAUACUCCACAACAUCCACUUCCUCAGGAAAUUCAGGAGAUGAAAACUGAUGAGACGGUUUGUCAAUUCUGUGGAGUAAGUUAUCUCAUCCACCAUGAAAUCAAAAAAUUAGAAGAAAAAGUUGAAAAACUUGAAAAAGAACUUUUGCAAUAUAAAGCAAGUCGAGAAAAUGAGAAAAAACUUAGAGUUGAAUUGAAAAAAGUGAAUGACAGCUUUCAUUCUUUGCAGUCAGUUAUUACAGAAAAAGAUUUGACGAUUGACAAAAUGACUCAUGUAAUUGAGGAACAAACGUCUAAAAUAGAAGAGUUAGAAAAAGACAAAAUUUCAUUAGUAAAUCAAGAAAAUCGACUGAGAACAUCUUAUAGGAACCAUAAAGAGAAAGUUCAAGUUUGUAUCAAAUCACUAAUGGAUGAAGCAAAAGUCUUCAGAAGUGAUUUGACAAAUUUCAAACAAAGUGUACAACCUAUGAAUUCAGAAUUUUCUUCAUAUAUUUCAAAAGUUAAUAAAGAUAUUGAAACAUUCAAAACUAAUUUUCUUUCGAAAAGUGAUGGAUUGGAAAGACAAUGUUUAACACUGAAAGAAGAACUUUCAAAUAAGAUUAAAAAUGAAGAUCUUUUACAAAAUACAAUAAAAUUAUUGCAAAACGAGUUGGAAGAGUUAAAUAAAGCUAAAAAAUCAAUUUCUAAUGACCUCACUGACGAAAAUGAAAAAUUACAAAAUCAAUUUUUAACUGCACAAAAUAAAAAUACAGAGCUAAUACAAGAUGUAGCUACACUUCAAUCACAGCUUGGUAUUGUAAAAUCUGAUUCGACUCAGAUGAAAGAAGCUUUUAACAAAAAGCAACAAGAAGUUCAGUCCCUGAUGCAGAAACUUCAUAAAACAGAAAAGAGUGCUGAAAUGACAACACAAAGAAUGAAUCAAGAAAUCAGACAUCUAGAGCAAGAAUUAAUUGCCUUAAAUAAGGAAAGAAAUCGUUGGAAAUCAAUCGAAGAAAAUCUGAAAAAACAACAAGAUGAAUUGCAAUCUCAAAUGAAUGCAAGUUCUGGGGAAAGUCGACAGUUAUGUGAUGCUUUACAAGAUGCGAAACGAGAAUUAGAUUCUUUGAAAAGCGAAAGAGAGCAAAUGGUAAUGUCACAUCAAAACCAAAUUAUGCAAUUACGAGAUAGUUUUAGAGAAAAGUUGAAUGAAGCUCACGGAAAUCCACAAGAAAUGGAACGAAGAAUUCAAAUAAUGAAAUCAUCUCAUGAAAAUGAAAUGAAAGAAUUAGAAAUUCAUUUACAAGAAAAUCAUGCGAUUGAAAUAGAAUUAUUACGUGAAAAGCAUGAAGAAGAAAUAAGAAAUUAUUCUCAAAAAUUUAAAGAGAUACAUGAACAGAGUGAAUCCGAUAAAAACAGAGACCUUCGAUAUCAAGAAAAUGAAUCUCGUAUUUUGGAACAACGUAUCGACUCAUUACUAAGUGAUCACACACAGGCAAUGGCAGAACAAGACAAAGAGAAAACCAACCUAAAAAAGAUUAUCGCGCAGUUGGAAGAAAAAAUUACUUCUUUGACAGGAGAACAUGAAGGAAUAACAAUUAGUUUAAGAAUGGAAACAAAAGAAUUGAAAAGAAAAAUUGAAGAUGUUAACAACGAAAAAUCGUCAAUUCAAACAGAAAUUUUUUCUCUGAAAGAAGAGGUAUCAGUACUACAAGAAACCGUACGAAGAGAAUGUGAAGAAAGAUUUGAAUUAACGGAAGCAUUGAGUACUCUUCGUGAACAACUGAAAAAUGUUUCAUCGAAUUCUGUAUCACCGAAGCUACGAACUCCUGUUUCUGCGGUAAAUGGGAUGCCAUUGCGGGAUUUGACACAAAGAUCUGGGUUAUCACCAAAUACAGUAAAAAAUCUAGAUAUGACAGGUGACUUUAUGAACAAUACGAAGACGUCAGCAUUGCCAAAUCUUCUUUCAAAGCACAUCCCUGCAAAGAGAGGAUCUUAUGAAAUGCAAAAUGUUUCAAACGGUGACAUUUCUGUCAGAGAUAUUUCGUUUUCAAACCAUAGUAGUCCAACUUCGACACGACAAAUUCCGAAAGCUCCAUCAUCAGCCAAAUCUGAGGAAUCGGUUGAAAGUGUAAGACGAAGAAUUGCUGCUGUUAUCAAACGAAAAUGAUAAAUGUUACAAGUAUGAAAGUCAAGAAACUGUGCCUUGAAUAUGUCACCAUUGUCAGAACUUGCCCCUUUGAAAACGUCUGAGGUGCUAUAAAGACGUUUUCAAUAGAUGAUAAAAUGAUGGUGGUGGACUGCUGGUUAAAAUGGUUCUGAAAAAAUUCGCCGCAGGAUAUUUCGCCGCAUAAGUAUUUUGCUGUAAAACAAGUAUUUGUGUUAAAAACAGUUAGGUUUUUGAAGUACUUUUUUAUUUUUGAAAAAAUGCAUUAUUUAGGAGUGUACAAUAACCCUGAUAUAAGUCUAACUGAUUUUAUCACAAAGACUUGUUUUUCGGCAAAAAAAAAAAAACAUUGCUUAAACCUUUUAAAUCUAUUUAUUCUGAAAUUUGUAUAUUAGUGCCUUGUAGUCUGUAAUUGCGCUUAACAAUAGACAUAUAAGUCUUUAUGUAUAAUAUUCAUUUUAAUUCAUUCUACACUGUUUUCAUGCUAAUUUAAAAUCCUACUUUCCAAUGACAAUUUCAAAACUAA